ACAUGGCGGCGCGCUAGGAAAGGAAGGGAAGCUUUCCUGUAAGAAAGGGAGAAACCGAAGGCGUUUUAGGGUCAAAACAGGACGCGAAACUAAAGUAAAUUGUUUAGUGUUGAGUAAUAUUAAUGAGAGUGGUUAUGAAAGCGUCUCAGCGUGACCAUGCUGAGGUCCACCGGGUUCUUCCGUGGGAUUGACUGCCCGUUUUACACUGGAGGUAGUGACGGGAAAAGUGGCUGCAGCAGACCGUACUGCCACUUCAGACACAGCAACAACAGACAAAGAGCAUCUGGUGGAGUGUAUGAGAUCAGAAAAACCCAACAAGGGCCAUCCGAAUCGGACGACCAAGGCUAUGAUCCGUUUAACCCGGAGGUGGUCCGACCCGGAGAACAGUACAAUGCAGAGCCCCCAGCAAGCCCGGUUAUGGAUCCAGGACCCACGGAGCUGGAACUGGUCAACCGAGCCAUCGAGGCCGUCCAGAGCGAAAUGGAGAAGGAGAAGAAGAAGUUGUCUCGGAUCGGCGAGCAAGGAUACGAUCCUGCAAACAGCUCUAUCAAAGCGGGUUAUGGCAGACAGGCUGUCGCUGGUGCGUCGUCCCAUAGCGCUUACGAUCCGGGGAGUUAUCAGAUGAGCCAGACGUCUGAGUACAACCCAACUCCUCGCUCCAGCAAAUACACACUGGACUCCGAGAGCAACAGCAGCAGCUACGCAAACUCCAUGGAGUACAUCCCAACAGCAGUCUCUAGAGCGGUGGGAAAAAAAGCAGUACCCGCUCCAACGUCCCGUAUUCCCUCUACGUGCUCGUCUUCGUCAAAGAAUAAGUACACGCUGGACAAUUCGAAACCGUCGACGGACAUGGAGUACGAUCCGCUGUCAAACUUUUCCGCUAAACCGGGUACCAAAGGUGUCAAAGACGCAGGGACAGAGGGAGACGGGAGGAAAAGAGUCCACCCCGGUUGGCAGAAGCAAAGCACCGACGAGGAAUACGUCCCUGUGGUGAAGAAGCCGAGACAGCUUCCGGUCGAAGAACCUCAAAAGUACACAGUCAACUUUGAAUCUGAUGAAGAAAGUUCUGGAACCGAGUACCGUCCCACACCGAUGAACCGCCUGCAGAAGAGGAAAAGCAGCGCGGACUCGCUAGACGAUGAAAAAAGGAAAUCGAAAGAAACGGGAACCUGCAGACAGCCACUAGCGCAGGAAAUCACAAACGAUAACGACGAUGAAGAAUCCGACAGCUUGGAGCCUCUCGAUGACGAGGCGCUGGAGAAAAAGUGGACCAAGAACAGCAUCCAGGUGAAGAAAGUUCUUCAAAGCGAAAGAACAACGUCGAGGAAAGAGAUCGCCGAGUCCGUCAAGAAGAGCAGCAGCAGCCAUAAAGAGAAGAAAGGAAGCAGCGGCGUGGAAAAGAGCUCGAGGAAGCCGUGUCCGGAGAGCGGGAAGAAGGACAAGAGCCAUGGCAAGGUUCUAGAAGAGAAGGGCAAGUCUAAAGAUUUGGACAAAGGAAAGAAAGAAUUGAAAUUGAAAGACGGGAAAAGCAAGAAGCCAGACAAGAAGAAAGGAGAACAGAGCCAUGGAGAUAAAGAGCGAAAUCUUAGCGAGGUCAAGAAGCCCAAAUCGGACAAGCUGCACCAAAGCGCCAAGUACAAGGAGCAGAAAAACGGGAGAAUAGACAGCAGCGGACGAGAGAAGGACAGAAAGAAAAGCAGCACUAGCGGUACGAGCAGCAGCAAAGACAAAAACAAGAAGAGCAGCUCGUCUGUGAAGAAGAAGGACACGAAGGCCAAGCCGCGCUCUCUGAGUCACGCCGACCUGUUUGGAGACGAGAGCCCAGAGGAAGUGGAGGACGAGGAAGACGAACGGAUAGUCAGGAAGUCCGCUUCGGCGUUCAAACGAGGCAGCCUGGCGAGCAAGAGGAAGGCAUCGGAUGCCACGGAGACGUCGUCAGAGGACGAUAUUGGGCCUGGGGAUGACGAUGAGCACACUGAUGAAGGUGAUGCUCCAGACUUUUGUCUGCUUCAGGAGGACGUAGAUUACGACUCGGAUCCCAUGGAGGAGUGUCUCAGGAUCUUUAACGAGUCCAAAUAUGUGAAAACGGAAGACAAAGGAAGGCAAGCUAAACAGCCUCCCAGAGAGAAGGACGAAGAUCAAGAGACACCCAGCACUUUAACCACACUGUUCCCCGGCCAGAAGAAGAGAGUUUCACAUUUCAAAGCCAAAGGAAGCACGGAGACGUCGCUGAACGUCUUGCCCAAGCCUCAGCGCAGACUGACGGCUCAGGAGAUGUGUUAUCAGCGCAUGCAGAUCGCUCAGCAGCAGGCGGCACAGCUCGCCGCAUCCGCCGCCAGCAACCCAGCCCCUUCAUCACGUCCUCCGUCCAGCACUGCAGUGUCGGGGGAGAAACGCAGGGUGAUGCACCGCCCGAACCCUGCCCUCGUCUCGGCAAAAAAGCCUGUUUUGUCAGAGUCGCAGCAGGCUAGCCGUGGGGUUUUAUCACCCAGCAGAGGCGUACCAGAUCAACCGACGGCCAAAGCACACACCUCAGCUGGCAUGUUGUCCAAAACCGUGUCCGCUAUGGCGCAAAAGAGAGUGGCACACACUCCUACACUCAAGAGCUCUUCUAUGAAGCGGCCAGUCAUUCCUACGGAGUUUGGAGCGAAAGUGCCCACUAACGUACGCCAGCGCUACCUCACCGUCUUCAUCGACGAAUGUCUGAAGUUCUGCCCUUCAGAGGAAACCGCUUUCCAGAUGGCUCUGGAUGAGGAGAAGCUGGUGUACGACCGGAGCAGCAGUAAAAACAUCUACCUGAACGUCGCAGUCAACACGCUGAAGAAACUGCGCAGUAAGAGCACGGCCCCCGCCCCUCCAACCCCUCCUCCGCCCACCUCGCUGUCCACCAAGAAAUCUGCCGUGUCUGGAAGCAGGAAAACUCAGUUUCAUGAGGGAGUUCUGAGCGGCCGACUGGCAGCUACGACCAGCUACUCCGUCAGCCGCACGGGCAAACAGCACGACGUACAGCUCAAAGGUGCAGUUCUCUACCGGAAACUGAAAGCAUACGUUUUGAGUGAGGAGCAGCUGCAGGAACACGGUUACCCGAGACCUCAUCCUGAGCGCCUGGGCCACGCCAUCAUCUAUAACGUUCCUGAGAAGAAAAACCAAGACCCCUUCACUAAGGUGUGCUGCCGGUGUGGCGCCGAGUAUAAAGUCAACGCCAACGGCAACUGCAUCCGCAAAGAGGAGUGUGACCACCACUGGGGCAGAUUACGCAGAUACAAGGUGUCUGGAGGCUGGGAGACGCAGUACAGCUGCUGCUCGGGUGCCGUGGGCUCUCCUGGAUGUCAGGUGGCUAAACAACACGUGCAGGACAGCCGUAAGGAGUCUUUAGAGGGCUACGUAAAGACGUUCAGCAAACCCUCGUCAUCUGAUGGAAAUGCAGGAGUGUAUGCUCUGGACUGUGAGAUGUGCUACACAAAGCAGGGUUUGGAGCUGACCCGGGUGACGGUCAUCAACUCUGACCUGAAAGUGGUUUAUGACACGUUUGUGAAGCCAGAGAGCAAAGUGGUGGACUACAACACACGGUUCUCUGGUGUGACGGAGGAGGAUCUUGAGAACGCCACGAUGAGGCUGAGAGACGUGCAGGCCGUCUUACUGAACAUGUUCAGCGCAGAGUCCAUCCUGAUUGGCCAUAGCUUAGAGAGCGAUCUUUUUGCCCUUAAGCUUCUGCACAGCACCGUCGUCGACACGGCCGUGGUCUUCCCUCACCGCCUCGGCCUGCCGUACAAACGCGCCCUGCGCAACAUCAUGGCCGAUCACCUCAAGCGCAUCAUCCAGGACAACGUGGAGGGCCACGACUCCAGCGAAGACGCCGCCGCCUGCAUGGAGCUCAUGAUAUGGAAGAUCAAAGAGGACGCCAAAGUCAAGAGAUGACCUCGGACGUCACGAACAUCCCUGUUUUCCGUCACACCCUGCACUGAGCACGCAGAGAGAGAGAGAGAGAGAGAGAGAGAGAAGGCAAAGGUGUUGGAUCUGUUCUUGUACCAGAGACAGAAGAAGAGAAAAAAGAAUUGAGAAAGAGGGAAAGAUGCCACUGCUGUCUGUAGCUUUAGUUUGUGCAGAUUCGGCUGUUAAUCUGACACGUGUACCGUGUACUUCCUGAGGCGAAUCCAGCCUCGAUCAACAGCGUCAUCUUCUGGAAGGGGGAUCGGUGGGCGUGUCUUUGAGCCCAUAUAUGGAUGCGUCUGAGAAAUUUUGAGUGUAUUUCCUGAAAUAUUCUGUCUCUUGUGAAAACAUUUAAAAUGCAGUCCAGAAAUUCCGUCAGGUGAAUUCGUGAGAGCUAGUCGGCUAACAAGAGGCCUAAGUCUUGUGAAAGCCUUUCUGGGGGAUUCAGACACACCCACAUUCCCAUCUAUGGUCUUGAAGGAACACCCACUUCGAGCUGCUGCUUUUUUUUUGGUGGUAUUUCUAUUCAGGCUGUGUCUUUAAACGAGGCUGAGAAACUUGAAACAGGACAGUGGGAAUUAAAAAAAAAAAAAAUGUCAAGGCAUGGUCCAGGAUCGUUAUUUUUAUUUUUUUUUAUUGUCGUGUCAGUUUUGAUGGUGCUGGAAAUCGGAUAAGGUUUCUGCGUAGAAAGGCUUUAUGUUGCACUGUAUUAAAUCAUGCAUUAACUUAGUUAGUGAUGUUUAAUGCCGAUACAUUAAACAUCUCAGAUUGUCCAUUUUUUUAUUUGGCUAUUUAGUGAAGUCCAUCUCAUGUACAGUGACCUCCAUGAUUAUUCUCACUCCUUUGUAAAGAUGAGUAAAAAGGGUUUAAAAAAAAAAAUCCACGGCGGCACGGUGGUGUAGUGGUUAGCGCUGUUGCCUCACAGCAAGAAGGUCCGGGUUCGAGCCCCGUGGCCGGCGGGGGCCUUUCUGUGCGGAGUUUGCAUGUUCUCCCCGUGUCCGCGUGGGUUUCCUCCGGGUGCUCCGGUUUCCCCCACAGUCCAAAGACAUGCAGGUUAGGUUAACUGGUGACUCUAAAUUGACUGUAGGUGUGAAUGUGAGUGUGAAUGGUUGUCUGUGUCUAUGUGUCAGCCCUGUGAUGACCUGGCGACUUGUCCAGGGUGUACCCCGCCUUUCGCCUGUAGUCAGCUGGGAUAGGCUCCAGCUUGCCUGCGACCCUGUAGAAGGAUAAAGCGGCUACAGAUAAUGAGAUGAGAUGAGAAAAAAAUCCACCUCUCGGUGAAGUCGCCUCAUCUCACGCUGAAAAAAUGGGAGAAAUCCACCCUUUUAAUUGAAAUUAAUUUAUCCAGAAAAAAAAACAAAUCCCUAAUCAAGAAAUAUAUAUUUUCAACAAAAACACGUGUCGGAGUUGACUGGAGCGUGUAGGAACUUCCAAGUUGUAAUCCAUGACUUCCUGAU